AUGAUGAAGAGCUUCGCCAGAAUUGCUCGGGCAUCGCCCCGCGUCAAGGCUUCGGCCUCACUCUCUGCGGGCCGCCUGGCGACUGCUGGAAGCAUCCGAUGCGCCUCCAAUGCCUCCGGCGGAGAGCCGCUCAAGAAGACGCCGCUGUACGACUUCCACGUUGCCAAUGGCGCCAAGAUGGUGCCCUUUGCGGGCUACCACAUGCCCGUCCAGUACUCGUCUCUGUCUCUGGCGGACUCUCACCACUUCACACGGAACCAUGCAUCGCUUUUCGAUGUCAGCCACAUGGUUCAGCACAUCUUCAAGGGUCCUGCCGCGGCGGCGUUUUUGGAAAGGGUUACGCCUUCGUCGUGGAGCAGUGUUGCUCCUAUGAGUGGCAAGCUGACGACUUUCCUAUGGCCUGGCACUGGAGGCAUUGUUGAUGAUACCAUUGUUACGAGGAUUGGCGAGGAUGAGUUUUAUGUGGUGACUAAUGGAGCGUGUCUUGAAAAGGACACCAAGUACAUUGAUGAGGAGCUGGACAAGUUUGGUGGCGAUGUGAAGUGGACGAGGCUGGAUGGAUCGGGACUGGUUGCCCUGCAAGGACCUCAGGCCGCUGAGAUUCUGAGCGAGGUUCUCGCCACUGAUAUCAACCUCAAGGAGUUUUACUUUGGCAACACUGUCCAGGCUGAGCUCAAGCUUGCGGAUGGCGGCAAGACUCACCCUGUCCUGAUUAGUCGUGGCGGCUACACCGGAGAGGAUGGCUUCGAAAUCUCCUUCAACGGCAAGCUGUAUCCUGCUCUGGAGAGCACCGUCAAGGCUGUCGAGUCUCUUAUCAAGACUGCUGGUCCUGAGCGCCUCCAGAUGGCUGGUCUCGGAGCCCGUGAUUCUCUUCGUCUGGAGGCUGGUAUGUGCUUGUAUGGCCACGAUCUGGACGACACCACCACCCCUGUCGAAGCUGGCCUCAGCUGGAUCAUCUCCCCUGAGCGUCGCAAGGCAGGCGGCUUCCACGGCGCCGAGGUCAUCCUCCCUCAGCUCACACCAAAGUCCAAGGGCGGCUCUGGCGUCGGGAGACGUCGUGUCGGCUUCGUCGUCCAGGGCGCCCCUGCUCGCGAGGGUGCGGAGAUUCAGAAGGAUGGACAAACCAUUGGCACAAUCACCAGCGGUGUUCCCAGCCCAACACUCGGAAAGAACAUUGCCAUGGGAUACAUCAAGGAUGGACAGCACAAGGCUGGCACCGAGGUGGAUGUCGUUGUCCGAGGCCGCAAGAGGCAGGCUGUCGUGACAAAGAUGCCUUUCACCCCCGCCAAGUACUGGAAGGCUCCCGCUUAA